ACAAUGACUACUACUGAACACUAUGUAAAAGUGUGAUCAAACCCUAAAACGCAAACUUGUAUAUUCUCGGUAUGAACCCAAGAAAACCAUGUUACUUGCAUCAGAGAGAUUAGAGUACUAAAAUAUCAGAACAUCCCAUAUAUAUAUUCUUCUUACUAUUAUAGCUAUCCAGACUAGUGAUACUGCCCGUUUUAGCUAGUUGGUAGUAGAAGUAGUCAAAACUUCACUCAAAUGGAAGGAGACCAAUUGCAAGCGCAUGGAAGCAAUUGUUAUGACCUAGAAGUAUCUUUCUUGAAUACAACAACUCAUCAACAACCACCAAUAGAUCAUGAAAUGGGUUUUGUUCAUCAUCAGCAACAUGGACUAAGUUUUUUACUCUCUUCUUCUUCUCAAGAACAACAAGAGCAUCAAGAACAAGUUUCUUUGCAGCCUUUCAGCAGUACAUGCACCACUAGUACUGAUAAUCUUAUUAGUUUUAGUAAUAGCAGUACUGGAUUUGUUUCUAGGGCGUUUGCUUGGAGUAAUGAUCAACAAGUUCGAACUUUGGAUCAUAAUAAAAUUGUAAUCGAUGAGAUCUGCACCAAUAGUAACAGUAAUGGCAACAUGAACGAUGGGGGCGAUUCAUGGUGGAGAAACUCAUCAACACCAACAUCGACGUCCUCGUUCUCUGAGAAGAACAAGAUGAAUAUUAAUAAUAACAACAAUAAUAAGGUGAUCAGGAGGAAACUAAGAGAACCAAGGUUUUGUUUCCAAACAAGAAGUGAAGUUGAUGUGUUAGAUGACGGUUAUAAAUGGAGGAAAUAUGGCCAGAAAGUUGUCAAGAAUAGCCUCCAUCCUAGAAGUUACUAUCGAUGUACACAUAAUAACUGUCGAGUGAAGAAAAGAGUAGAGAGAUUAUCAGAAGAUUGUCGAAUGGUGAUAACAACAUAUGAAGGAAGGCAUACUCAUUCUCCUUGUGAUGAUUCAAAUUCAUCUGAACAUGAUCAGUGUUUUAGCUCAUUCUAGUUAUUAAAGGGCUGAUAUAAUUACUGUAUGUAUUUAUUUAUUUAUUCAUAUUGGCAUUUAUAAAACCGGUAUAUCAAAGAUUGGGUUUGUUUGGAGUCGUGGCA